GCAAGCGCAGUUACUGAUUCGGCGGCGUGUUCUUCUAGUCUUAAGUUCCUGGUUCCCCGACGCCGGCUUUUCGCGGUCUACUUGUCCCAGCGGCGGGCUCUGGACUGUCGUUCUCUGUCCUUCAGCCCCGUGCCACUGCUUGGGCGCGCCCGCCGCCUCACUCAACAAACUCAUGGCGGAGCGCGGGGAACUCGAUCUGACGGGCGCCAAACAGAACACCGGCGUGUGGCUGGUCAAGGUUCCUAAAUAUUUGUCCCAGCAAUGGGCAAAAGCCCCUGGAAGAGGUGAAGUUGGGAAACUAAGGAUUGCCAAGAAUCAAGGAAGGACUGAGGUAUCAUUUACUUUGAACGAGGAUCUCGCAAAUAUUCAUGAUAUCGGAGGGAAACCAGCUUCAGUCAGUGCUCCUAGAGAACAUCCAUUUGUCUUGCAAAGUGUUGGAGGACAGACAUUAACAGUGUUUACUGAGAGUUCCUCAGAUAAACUGUCAUUGGAAGGAAUAGUGGUGCAGAGAGCGGAAUGCCGACCUGCUGCCAGUGAGAACUACAUGAAAUUAAAGAGAUUGCAAAUAGAAGAAUCUUCCAAACCUGUAAGGCUUUCACAACAGCUGGACAAAGUUGUAACCACCAAUUACAAGCCUGUUGCUAACCAUCAGUACAAUAUUGAAUAUGAAAGGAAGAAGAAGGAAGAUGGAAAGCGAGCUCGGGCAGACAAACAACAUGUCCUCGACAUGCUGUUCUCAGCCUUUGAGAAACAUCAGUACUAUAAUCUUAAGGACUUGGUGGACAUCACAAAGCAACCGGUGGGAUACCUGAAAGAAAUCUUGAAAGAAAUUGGCAUUCAGAAUGUAAAAGGAAUUCACAAGAAUACGUGGGAGCUGAAGCCAGAGUACAGGCAUUACCAAGCAGAAGAGAAGAGUGACUGAGAGAGCAUGUCACCCUGGCCUGCGCAGCCCAGCCACCACACACUGCCUGCCUGCCGCGACAGUACAAAGACACCUGGGUCUGCCACUCCUCUCAGUAAACUGUUAAAGCUGGGAUUGCAUAAAAGUUUCUUACGUGUUUUUUGAAGAGAAAGAUUUCUCUUAGUUAGUCUAUAGUUAUUUAUAGACUAAGCUUGCAUUCUGCCUUUCAGCCGGCAUGCUAGUGCAUGCGUGUGUCCAACAUUCAGGAGACCUAGGCAGGCAAGUGAGAGUCAGACCAGUCUGGAAUACACAGCAAGACCCUCCCCAUAAACGGUGUGGGUAGGGGCUCUGGGAAUUAAAACUGCUUUGUUCUUAUUGGUUAACUUUCAAGUGUAAAUGGGAUAUUUCCUAAAUGAAAAGGUAAGAAAGGGGAAAGGUGAGGCUGUCAGCUAAGAAACUGUUAAAGGAACACAGAGUCCGAGUUCCUUUUUCUGAAACUGAAGGGGGAACUUGUCCCUUUCUACAGAGGUAAUGUUUCACCUUCAAACAUACAUUAAUAAAGAGAUCUGUUCCCUUUGUACUAAAUGGUAGCUGUUAUCACUGGCUCGUUUUUACCCUUUGGUACUGGAAAGAGAAACAGUCCAAACUCUAGUCCCCUAAUGUCCCUUUGGAGAACGGUCUCAGUGGUUUGGAGUACACGCUGCUCUUGCAAAGGCUAUGUGCUUGGUUCCCCGCACCCAAGUCAGUUUCUUUCUCGGCUAUCUUGUGACUCCAGCUUCAAGGGAUCCAUGCCCUCUUAGGUCUCCACAUAUAUAUCCAUACAUUUACACAGACACAUCAGUGAAAAUAAAUUUAAAAAAAAUCUCUUAAAAUAGCAAUUAAAAAUUAAGUAAUGGGACUGAAGAGAUGGCUCAGUAGUUAAAAGCACUGACUAUUCUUCCAGAGGUCCUGAGUUCAAAUCCCAGCAACCACAUAGUGCCUCACAACCAUCUGUAAUGAGAUCUGAUGCCCUCUUCUGGUGUGUGUGAAGACAGCAAUGGUGUACUUAUAUAUAAUAAAUAAAUCUUUUAAAAGGUGUUUAAAAAUUUGUUUAAAAAUAAAAAGAAAAUUAAGUAACUUUCCAACUUCAA